UAGCAUUCACAUCGAACACGUGUUAUGCGAAUUGAAAUUUGUAAUAAUUAGACGCGAAUAAUUUGUUGCAAUCACUUCGAUUUAUAUAAUUAUCUAUAGUGAUCUUUCUCGAAUUUUUGUCAUAAUGGCAACGAUAACAUCCUUACCAAAGGAAUUGAUACCCAUCAUUCUCAGCUACAAGGAUAUCACCAUCGAGGAUAUCAUUAAUUUCCAAUGCGUUCGCAAACAAUUUCGUUAUGUAGCCAGCUAUACAAAGUAUUGGGAAAGAAAAUUUUCUCAAAGAUGGCCUUCUUUAAAUGAAUAUUGUGACAUAUUGUUUAAGACUAUUAAAAAUCGUAGAAAAUGCAAAUCCAAGAAAAAAAUUAUAAAAUUUAUAAAAUUGGGUAUCAAUUAUACGAGACAAUUACGAAAAUACGUGUCUCACAUAAAAUAUAUCCAUUAUCACAAUGAAACAAUCGAUAAUAGUGUGCAUUUCAAACAUAUAUUUCCUUCUUAUUUUGAAGACAAUAAUUAUGAAAAAUUCAUAUAUUGUAAUCGAAGAUUCUCCAUAUUUUCUUUUUACAACGAUGAGCUUAAAAGCUUGCUUACACAUUCUUCACGAAGAACUGGUUGCGAUUUAACCGAAAGAUAUUAUCACGAGAAACUAUUUAACUUUAUAAAGAAGUCUGAUAUAAUAUCAAGCAAUCACGAUUUUAUUCUUUUACCUGACGAAGCGCAACUUAUGGAAUGGAUUGCCUUUAAUGUAGCACAAAUUUUACAAAUCCAAAAGGAUGUAACUUACGCGUACGUAGUAAAAUCUUUGGAUCAUAUCGCACUAGAGAUACAAAAUUAUCUGAAAGAAAAACAUCCAGGACAUUCAAUAUUUUCGACGUCCGCUGAAACUUUUUCUUAUUGGAAAAACAAUAAUAUAGACGAUAAUCACUGGAACGAAGCGGAAGGAAUUCAAAUUAUCGAUGCAUUGGACGAAUACAUAUUUGGCAAAUUAAAUUUUCGACCGUGCAAAGUGAACGAUACAAAUCUGGAAUACAUGUGUAUAGAUAAUGUACUAAAAAGUAGAUAUGGACAAGAAACUAUUUUAUUAAUAAUAUAUCACAGCGUGGCAAGAAGACUUGGUCUACGUUCCGACAUUAUGGGAUUCUGUAAUCGAGUAGAACUAUCUCACUGUAUAUAUUGGAAAUCCAAAUAUGGCAUGAAUAAUCCAAAAAAUGUAAGAUGUUUUAGUUUAAUUUUUCACAAACUCUCAGAUUGUCCUGUCAAUAAACCACUGUAUCGGAAGAAGUUGCAGCAUUUAUAUUGUGUUGAUUCUUUACCACGCAAAAGCUUUCAUCAAAUAUCACCAAGUGAACUGCGACACAAAAUACUGCUAAGAGUUGCGGAUUUGACAUACCACUAUAACAACAUUUCUCAGAUUAUGCAGCGUAGUAGAAUUUAUUCAUUUAAAUCGAGUAACUUUAAAGUCAAAAAACUUCGUUUAAAAACAACAGGGCAAUUCAUUAGAACAAAAAACGUAAAAUUUGCGGUAGGAAUGAUCGUAACACAUCGUAGUGGUUGCAAUAAUUGCGACGGCGUCAUAAUCGGAUGGGAUCGUCAUACAGACAGACGUUAUGAAAUUUUGACACAAAAUCUACAUAGCUAUAGAUGGCUUAGAGAAAGUUAUUUAAGAGAUAGAAACUUUUUGCCUUUGAAUCAUUGUAACAAUUAUCAAUUUACAAAGCAGCAAACAAAUUAUAUUAUUCUUACCAAUAAUAAUAAAAUAUGUUACGUAAAUGAAGGUAAUCUCACUUUAGCAGCGCCGAAAUGGAUCGAUAAUUCCGAAAUUGGUCGCUAUUUUUGUAGAUUCGAAAAUACGCAUUACGUACCAAAUGAAAUGCUAACGAAACUUUACCCGGAAGACUCCGCUGUAAUUACAUAGAGGACAAAAUCUGCAAAUUAAUAUUAUGCAUAACAUUAUGCAAUAUUUAA